AUGGCCAACAUCCUCAUCUGGCUCUACGCACAGGCGCCACAGCUGUAUCGCAACUAUCGCAAUGGUGGUGUUGAGGCUCUCUCCUUCAAGUUCCUCGCCGCAUGGGUCCUCGGUGAUGUGGCCAAUCUUGUCGGCUGCAUCUACACACAUCAGCUGCCGAUGCAGCUCUACACCGCCAUCUACUUUUGCGCCAUGGACACCCUCAUGAUCUCCCAGUAUGCCUACUACCGCAUCCGCGCGUACAACAAGGACAAGGCCGAGCGUGAUCAGGAUGCUCUCGAGUCGCGCUCGCUCAUCCAGGACUCGCCGGCCUUCAAUCCCUACUCGUCGUCGUCUCAUGCCGCAUCGGUGGCCGUCAUGGCACUCGUCCUCGGUCUCACUAUUUCCACCGGUGCUCUCCUCCCUGCCGCUGCUCUGCCUGCGACGUCAGAUCUAAGCUCGGCUCUAGAGCCCGCAGACAUGGUGCCCGGCCGCAUCCUGCUCGCUGCCGCCGCGCCUACCAACGCCACCGCCCCCGUGGGCAAGUCUUGCCUCAUCGCAUCCAGCGGGAGCCACAUCCAGUACAUCAUCGGCAUUGUCGUUGCGUGGAUCUCGGGCCUGCUCUACUUUUAUGCUCGCAUCCCACAGAUCUUGCUCAACGCCAAGCGCAAGCGGACCGAGGGCCUUUCCACCAUCAUGUUUGUCUCGACGUUUUCAGCGAACACCUGCUACGCGCUCUCGGUCCUGCUCACCGGCCCGGACUUUAAGUCGUCGCACUUUUGGGCCGCCACCUCGUCGUUUCUCGUCGGCACCAUCGGCGUCCUUUUCGAGUCGUCCAUCAUUCUCUUCCAGAUGUGGAUCUACCGCAACAACAAUGCUGAGCUCUUCGAGUCCAUCAACUCGGUUUCAGACACGUCAUCUGUCGCUGGUGCCAUCUCCUACAAGGGCCGCCUCUACUCAUCGGCUAACCCUUGGCCGUACUCUGGCCACAUGUUCAAGUCUGGCAUCUCGUCACGGAUCACAACAAAGAUCCGUGAGUCGCUCAAGGACGGCCGCAGUCUGUCGGUCAAGGCCUCGGUGGACAUGGGCGUGGAGACGGUCUCGUCGCUGCGGACAGCGUAUCUGGCGUCGGAUCCGUAUGUCCUCGGCUCGCUGCGAUGCUACCUAAUGUUCCUGUGGACGCUCGCUGCGUCGUACGUCAUGAACAUAUGCAACGAGCUCUCGGAUCGGUCGCGGCCGGUGGUACCCGUUCUGGACGAUGUCGUCUUCCACAUGGUCGACCUCGUUGCGUUUCCCGUCCUCGCCGACUACCUCGUCGGCAUCCAUGUGGCGCUCAUGCUGUACAUCACAACCUGCUCGUCCAUCUCCACCAUUGUCUCGCGGAGGUUCUGGACCAUCUACGGCUGCGUCAACCUCAUCCGCUCGCUCACCAUCACCCUCACGCAGCUGCCGGACCCGUCGCCGCGCUGCGAUUUCCACCCCGACUCGGUCGAGCGUGGCAACAUCUGGGUCCGCGGCCUGCGCAUGCUCUUCCCUCUCGGAGUCAUUACCUGCGGCGACCUCAUUUUCUCGGGCCACUCGUGUGUCAUUGUCAUGACCUCUCUGUUCUGGAUCCGCUACCACCGGACCAUCCAGGUCGGCCCUGUUGCCUACCUCAAGCGCAUUGCCUGGCGCCCGUUUGCGCUUGCGCUCAAGUACUGGAUUGUUGUCCCGACCACGCUCUCGCUCUACUACAUCGUCUCGACCCGCCUCCACUACUCGGUCGACGUCUUCAUUGCUGUUUACGUCACCAUUGCUGCGGUCGUCUGCUACGAGCGCUUUGUGCGGACGCCGCACCUCCGGGCCCGCUCGCGCAUCCUGCUUUGGCUCGAGUCGUACGUCGACCUCGACGACCAUGUCAUCCUCAACCAGUACGCUGUCCGGCCCAACACUGCGCCGCUGUGGCCGUUCUGGACAUGA